AUGUCGUUUGGCACUCCUCAGUCCACCAACGGCUAUACCAAUGGCGCCUCCGACACGAGCCCAAGUACCAACGGCCACACUCCAGCGCCAGCCCUCGCCGUCCACACGCCCAACUACUCCCUCGAGCAGCCUUCGUUCGAGUCGCCUGUGCCCAGCGUCAAUGAGUUCCAGGUCAAUCUGCCAAUCCCAGCGGCGAGUGAAUUCAAUCCAGCUAUACUUCCUCCUCCUCCCAUACUCCGAACUCCUCAAUGGGGUGAGAACAGAAAUGGAGGCACUCCCCCUCCACUUGAUCCCGUUUCUCUCUCGACAUCUGGCCGCCAUCCGCUCGGCCUCGCACCCUAUCCCUCUCCCUCAGAAUCCGGGUUUGGCAGUCCCAACCUCAAUGGGAUGACCAACUUCAACGGCUAUUCGAUGCAGAUGCCGCCACCCAUGCACACAUCCAACCCCAUGGGCUACCAAGAGUCGAUAAAUUCACCCUAUAAUCCCGCCAAGAGGAUGAAGUUGAGCCCUAGGACAGAUAGUUUCGGCCGCUCCGCCCUCAACUAUCAGCGCGCCGGGUCUUAUGGCCCGAACGAUAUCGAGGAAGUUGGUCCACGAGUUCAAUUUAACCCAAACACCCCGACCUUCUUCCCCUCGUACCUGAGUAACCCCUUGACGCAAGGAGCGUUGGCGACAUCUCAAAAUCAGGACAAUGACGAUCGACGGAUUUCUGUCAGCUCUCUGCUCUCCGAGGACCCAGAGCCUGACGAUCGCAGAGGCUCCUCCACCUCCAAUGGCCAGAAUCAAGCGCCCGAGGAACAGAUUCCGCGGCGUGGAUCUCUCCAUCAGCGGAUGAUCUCGUACACGGAGACAGAGACAUACGGUCAAGACCGUGGAAAUCCGGAUCUCGAUAUUCCUCGGAAUAACGAUACUAUGGCCAUCUCUGGCAUGUCUCCGUCCGAUCACAGCGACUUCGAAUCGUGGCUGCACGACACCGAUCUGGGCGUCCCCGAGUUCGGAUUCGGGCUGGUUAGUCGAGACACCGUCUUUGCCAAAGGUGGCUAUUAUGCGUCGCCUGUACAAAUCAAGAUCCCUCGAAAGCUCGAGCCGUUGCCUCUCACUCUGUCCAAGAACCCGAUGAACUUGCUGUACUUCCAUCACUUCCUUAAUCAUACCGCCAGAAUCCUCGUCCCACAUGAUUGUCCAGAGAACCCCUUCAAGACGAUAUUACCAAAGAUGGCCGUUGACAACCCCAACCUCCUGAACCUGCUCCUAGCCUACUCGGCGUGCCAUCGAGCUAGACUCCUGAACCAUCCUGAGCCUGCCAAUCGGAUAGCGCUCUGGGUACGGGACGUGUUCCCUUCGCUCCGACAAACGCUGGAAAAUGUCUCAAAUUAUGAGGUCUCGAAUGCCAACCUGGCCACAGCCAUCAUGCUGUCCUCUUUGGAGAUCAUAUCGCCAUCGAGUUUCGGCGUAUCGAUACCCUGGCAGAAUCACCUCAGCAUCGCCCGCAGCAUCAUCCGCGCCCGAACAGGUCCACAUUCCAUCUCGCGCAAAGACCCAGUCAUGUACUUUUUGACCCGGUGGCUGGCAUAUCUCGAUGUUAUGGGGUCAUUGUCAGGACGGCGCAAUGAGGAGCCUCUGUUCGUUGGGAAUUACUGGUCGAACUCGCAUGAAGAUAGCACCUCGGCCAAGGAGUUGUCCCUGACAGACGAUGAAGCCGAUGACGAAGACGACUAUACCAUUGAUUGUCUGCUUGGAUUCACCACUCGAUGUGUCCAGAUCCUGGCUCAGGUGGCUGUUCUGGCACGGGAGUGUGAAGCAGCAGGGAGGAUUGACAAUGAGACAGGGCAAAUCAACGAAGAUUGGAAGCCCUCGAUGGACAUACUGCGUCGGGCGGAGAAAUUACGGCUGGAUCUGGAAAAGGCCCAAAACCACGAACAGAUAUCGUGUGCUCACCACAGCCCUCAGAUGACCAAAGCCUCGCUAUGCGGGACCCACGGGACGCGGCGCAACUCGGCCUACGCAGAUAUGUCGCAGAAGGACGUGGAAGAAUCGCUGGCAACCAAUGCCGCGUUUCACUGGGCAGGACUCGUCCACUUGCUGCGUCGAGUCCACAACCGACCCCGCCGCGAUCCGGAGGUGCAGAAAGCAGUGCACGAGAUUGUCAAGAUCCAGCAACAGAAGAUCAGGGAAGGCGGAAGUGCCGAAGCAUGUCUCCUCUUCCCCAUGUUCACGGCUGGAGUUGAAGCGGAGGACCAACUGGAUCGAGCAGAAGUCCUGAGUCGGAUCAAAGGAGCUGAAGGACUCGGGAUGUGCCAGGUCAGUCGAGCCAGAAGGGUCAUGGAGGAGGUGUGGAAGACUGGAGUCAGUUGGGAGUGCCUGACCACGGGGGAUUUCUUUGGAUAG